ACCCGACUAAUAAAAGGCACCCGCAUAAACGACGUUCGAAUCAUGAUUUGUGUUGCUUGGGUACUUUAAUUAAAAAUGGUGUUAGCAAAAGUACCGUGUACGAACCUGGUGUGUGCGAUGACAAUUACGCUUAUUGCAGCUGAUGCGCGCCAAUUAUUGUUUACUCGUCUGUCGUGUGUUUUGUGGUAGCAGCCAGAGUUUUGUUAUUUCGUGCUAAAUACGUGCAACUUUAAGCUAAUUCUUGGUGAAACGGUUUACUUAAGAACACACUAUCGAAGAAUUCCACACAGCUUGCUGAUCUCUCUUUCUAGGAGCUGAAGCUUUACAAAUUGAAGGAACAAGAUGACUGCGCGACCUAUUUCGCUACCUGGACGCGAACUUUAUGAUCCUCUUCGUAAAGCUCUGCAGUCGGAAUCAUAUAAGAAAGUUGAUGGCUUGUUGACCGAACUCGAGAAAGUGUGCUCUUCCACAGCACCGGGAAAAGACUUAAAGAACGACACAAAGAGCACUGUCGCAAAAGAUGAACUAAGAUUCUGGCUCUUGGAUGUUGGUCGUUUGAUGUUUGAGGAAAAAUCAACCGAUACGAAGCAGCUCGCGUUAUGUGCUCUGGAGUCAGCAGUGAACCACAUUAGGACCACCAACUACCAGGAUCAAGCGGCAUGGGGAGAAAUGCGUGAGAUUAUUAGCAAGGAGUACACAUCCUUGCUAGAUACGGCGCGGAGCGAAAAAGACCCAAACUGGCAUCGCAUUUGGUCGGUUCUGGUGCGAAUUAUAAACCGCGACCUUUGCCAGGGUUCGUCGAUCAUAAACAUGUUUUUAUCGAUCGUUGAGGCAGGAUUCAGGUCGCCGGAACUCUCUAUCCGUGAACAGUCCUUCGAUUGCUGGCGACUGCUGGUCGAGAUCUUUGCCAACAACAAGCAGAUAAACAUUCCCAAACGGGUGAAACUGAUAUGCAUACCGCUUAAAAGCUCAAAAUCUAAAACGGAAACGAUCGCAUUGAAAAAGUUUGACAUAUGGUGGUUCCUUUUGUGCCAAUUACGUUCGCAAUUAGAUGCAAUGGCAGACACAAUAUUUGAACCGUUCAUAUACUUUUGCUUUGGACCUUCGUUCAAGACACCAUUGUGUUAUUAUUUUGACUCGUCGUACCAAGAGCUAGGCGCACCUGGUAAAAUGUAUCAAUCUAUUAAACAGUUAUCAGCCAUCGCUUUGAUACAUCUUCUCGGGCCAGCAUCGGAAAUCUCGAAAACAUUGCUAACGUGUUCGGACAGUUGCGGUACUCAAUUACCCUUCGAUUUUCCCAUGCAUGGAAUGGCUAUAUCCGACACGCUUUUUUCUUCAAAAGCUAAAUUGAUCAUCGAUUCGUGUAUUGAGUGUACCGUAUUGUUAGCACAGAUGCAACACCUUGACUUCCUGCAGAUCAAUAGAUGCGUCUGGAACAAUUUGAUAAAGCGUAUAAGUGCUGAGACAACGGUACCGAAAAUAGACAUGUUACAGUGGAUUAAAGAGGACAUGAACGCGCUUUUGAAAUUGUGUUUACUCCACGACAAGGAUCUGGUGCUUCGCGAUAUUCUGUAUGACACUCUGCUAACUAUAACGCAAAGCAAUCUGCUUCACGUUAAUAUUGGUUAUGACUCACCGGAGCAAUUAAUGUUCAACUACAAAACCGUUAUGUCACUCGUACUACACCCGCAGCUUCCUUGUCCAGUAACAAAAUCGGAACCAAUAGUGAAAUCAUUGUUUGAUUUGAAACGACACACCGGUCAAAAUGCAUAUUGGGAUAUUCUUCAAAAAACUAUCCAAUACAUUUGUCAUGCGGACGAACACAGCGGCAACAACAGCUUCGAGUUUCGGUCAGUUCGAACUCAAAUCUACACACAUCUGGGAAGUUAUCUUACUGCCCAAAUACGAGACGACAUGGAAGGAUAUUUGCAGCAUCAAACAACGGUAAUGAGUUUUUUGCUGUAUCCGUUAGAGUACGAUCAGCUGUUGUUAAUAGAAAGCGUGAAAGAACUUUGGCUCCAGGUAUAUGAACCAAUAGCAAAGCAAGAAACGCAAACGUGUGAGUUUGUGAACGCAUUCUGUGAAAUGAUCAAAGCCAUGACCAUUGCCAAACAUGGUUACAGUACUGCCGUAGUGGCUGACGCCCUAUGCUGCAUAAUACGAUCUCUGCCGGUGCGUUUCGAACCUGCCAGUUCCCCCGUGAAAGUACUGGAGCUUUUUAAAGAUGUGACAAGAAAAGGUCUUGCCUAUAAAUCGAAUCUCGAUCGAAUCGAGGCGGUGGUGUGUUGCUUCACGGAACUGCUGGAAAAAUUAAGUACUAAAAAUAUUUUGAUUUUGAUUUUGCCGAUAAGGAAUGCGAUCAACGAACUAAUAUCGAGCGAAGAUGGUUUGGAGAUGAUUGAGGUUAGAAAAAUGCUCAAGCUAUUAUCGAACAAAAUGAUCUUACCAGAAAUGACGAAAGAGUUGGCUACGCAGUCCACCGAUGUCAAAUGGAACUGUAAAAUGUUACUGAAAACCAUAUUGAACUUAUCAGAGGAUGUGAAGAAGGAUUGGAAAAUUUCAGAGUUGACAAAGCUGAUGAAAGGCUGCGAUGAUAAGACCGGGAACAACAAAACCCCAACGCGUAAAGCCCCAACAGAAGAGUUCGUGGUAAUAGAUAAGGUGUGGAAUUUUAAACCUGAAUCCCUUACCGAACAUCAGCGUGAAAAAAUGAUGGAAAAGCGGUCGGAUAUUCCUGCGUUGUACAAUGAUAUGAGUCAAUCCCAAGACAGCUUUGUUAUAAAACCGUGGACACCGAGCAAAGGCAUAGCUGCUGUGAAACAGGAUCGUACUAACGCUAAAGUUGCUGCUACCGUAAUGGAUAGUGCAAUAUUACAUAAAGAAGUUAACAACUCAGAAACCAGCGAAAUAUCUACUGCACAAAACGAGGAAGCGAUCUCGACAACGAAGCCUUCGGGUGCAUCCAAACCUGACUCGAAUCGUUUGGAUAAGGAAAAUAACAAUGGAAAUGUUUUAAGCGAUGAAACUGUAACGACAAACGAACAGCAAGAGCAUAGUGAAUCUGAAAAGGAAAAAGCAGGAGAGAAACAACAAAAUCGCAAAACAUUAUCCAUUCUUGAAAAAUUGCGUAUAGAUACUGUUGAAGGCAAAUGUCUUGAUGUUAUGAAUUUGCCACGUACGAGGCGUUCGGAUGUUUCAGAAAAAAGGUCUACUCGUCAGAAAAGAACCUCGAGCCAAGAUAUUGAAAGCGAGAAAAAGCAACAUUCUUCAUCGAGGACAAAACUGGAAAAGAGAAGUGCUUCUACCUCCAAGGUGGCAAUACAUGAAGUUUCACAACGAAAAGAAAGGCGUACGUCUAGGAAGACAUUAAACUUUGAGAAAAAGUCAUACAGUACUUCCUCAUCAGGUUCCGACGACAAAAAACAAACCCAAACGAAAUCUGAUGUGUACGAUGACGUCAUUGAGUCUUCGCAAUCCGAUUCGUCAGAGUCAACGAAUAGAAGAAUAUCUUUCGCUAAAUCUAGAGCACUAGCAUUAGCAGACAAAACGAAUGCGCAAUCAGAUCAAUGCACAAAUACGGUGCUAAAUGACAGUACUGCAGUGCAGGAAAGCAAUGUAGCAAUUAUGACAACCGACGUAACAUCAAACGAAAAUAAGGAUGUCGACAAUAUAAUGGGCAGCGUAGGUACCGAAGCGAAAGCUAUACAGAGCCAUGAAAAAAUGGACACGAGCGAGUUUCUUGAACCGAACCAACAAAGUCCAAAGCAAACAGCAGAACAAGCAGAGUCAAGCGUAGUACAGAAGUCGACACAAUUGACAAUUGAGGAGUGUGCUUCUACUGCUAUGAAACCCGAAUUGCUUCAGUCAGGCCUCGCGCAAAAACUUCCCGCCGUUCUCUCAUCACCCAGCAGACGCUCUGCUCGGCUGUCAUUAGAUGAGGGCAGUAAAAUUAACAACAAGCUAAUUCUAUCGCCAAGGAAGAUUACUGAUAAGAAAUGCUUAUACAGUCCUUCUAAAUCCAUCCAUAAGCCGGAGGUAAAAGAAAAAGGAACGCCUUCGAAAAAAGCAACUAUAUCCUGUGACGAUGCUAUGCGAGAAGCACUUAAAUUUGUCGGGUCAUCAAAUAGCCACACACAUGAAGGAGAAGAAUGUGGUUUUGUUGAAAACCGCAGCGGUUUAUCUAGCCCGAAGGUUGCACGUUUCAGUCCAUUAGUUGUAUUGGAAUCAAUAAAAAAUAUUGCCAAGACGUUGCAGGACGCUGAAGAGCAUGAAACCGAAGCGGUCUCUCACCCCAUCAUCUUGCCGAUGGAAGCGAAGGAACAAGACGAGAACUUUGCCGGUAGUAAUGUUCAACAAACUGCAACAUCCGUUAAGCACCAUCUACCAAUUGUAGAUUCAUCCACAAAUGCUGUAGAAAUGAUUGGAGAUAAAACGAAGGAGUCCUCAGGCGAACCACUGUUCUCCUUAGAGCAAGCACCAGGCGAACCCGGUGUGGUUAGCAUAGAUCAGCUCUCUCCGGUAAAGAAUUUAGACGAAGAGAUGGAGCCGCUGAAUAAAUCUCUUAAUCGCAGUAUUGUAUCUUCGCCUGAUCAUGCUGGUGAAGAGGAAAGGAAUGCUGAUCUGCUCAAUAGUACGUUGAAUAUUUCUCCCAUAUCGGAGGAAAAAGGUUUGGUGGCAAAAAGUGUGGAUCCUGGAGAGCUCGCAGGCAGUGCGGAUAGACGAUCAUCUAAUAGACUUAGUGGAAGAGAACGAGAUAUCAUGGUGAACGCUGCCAACACGCCAGUAUCAACAGUUAUGACCCGUCGUUCUAAGGCUAGCCCAACCCCGCAGACACCAUCGGGAUCAACUAGUGCAUUUAAAGCUCGCACACAGCAGCAGUCUUCUUUACCACGCAGUCCUAGAACGAAUAUGCUCGGAUUAGGAGGACGCGGUGCACAGCUGAUUAAUUUGAUCCGCAACCAGCACAACGAUCAAUCUCCAAAGCCGAACACUCCUCCACAAAAUGCGUCGACACCAAAGGUUGGGCUUGGAUCGGCAUCCGGAAAUAGUUUAAUGAUGCGUAAAAAAGCCAUAGUUGGCAAUGCCACGUCAAUUGCAGCCGAAAGCAGCACAUCUUCGGAACAAUUGAAGCAAAGUGUAGAAAAUUGCCAGGAGAAAUCUGCUCAGUAUCUGUUCUUUUCUAAAGCUUUGCCUUCACCGCUAGCAUCACCAGCUAGCAGCAUACUGAAACGGAAACACAACCAGGACGAAAGUGUUGACGACAUCGAAUCGCCAGUCAACAAGCGUAAACGCGUAAGUUUUCAUGAUCCUCCAGUUUCUCUAACGAAAGAAUACAUUCGACAAGCGGAAGAAUGUCGCUCCGCAUCGGUUAGUCGUAGCCUCCAGUUACCCGGAAGCAUUACAUCCUCAGCGGAUAGAACGAAGUUUAUGAUGCGGCGUAAAAGCAAGUCAGAUAGUAUUUCUGAGCUGCAGUGCUUUACUAUCACGCAGACACAUUCAUCAAAGGUAGCAGAACUAGCAACCAAUCCAAAUAGAGCCAAUGAAGAGAACAUGGAAGAAGUGGAAAUAACGUCAUCACCGGAAUCUCUGGAUGAGCAUGAAUUUAUGAUGCACGAUGCUACGGAUAAUAUGACCGCAUUACAUGUGACUUCUGACUGUAUGGAUGUGUCCAAGAAAGAUUCCACUUUGUCAACACAAUCGGAAAAUGCACCUGAAGAAGAGCUACAACACGUUACUGUUGCGAUGGAAACAGUGAACGAUUCGCCAAAUAAAAUAUCAUUUUCUUCAGAGGAGGCCCUUAUGGAGCACGUUCUAAACCAUUACACACUGGACGACAUAUUUGAGCGCUACAUUUCAGCUGGGAAAUCUUUAGAAAGAGCUAAAUCCGUUCGAACCUUAACGAAGGAACUGUCGGCUAAAAUGUCCGAGGAUACAAAGAUUCGUGACGUGGUGCUUGAUGAACUAUCGGAACGCCAUUCGGUAGAAUUUUUGGAUCACGCCAUACAGGAAAAUUCAAAUGCAAAAGUUUGCGAACGCUUGUCAGCGACGACUAUGGUCGAUUACGUAUUCAAACAAUUACAACUGGCAUACAAUACGCAAGGACCCGCCGAUCAAACUUCUGGACCUACGGAAAACGAAAAGGAUGAAACAUUGCGAGUCGUAGAGAAUAUUUUCGAGAAUUUACUGAGUUUACCAAGCACGGAAGCUGACAGCCAAAAUUUAGCAGCGUUACGCGAACAAUUCCUACGAAAAGAAUUAGCUCGUAAAAAUCGUUUAGAGAUCAUGUCGUUGUUGGAGAAUUAUUUUAAGAUAUCUAGCACGAUGUGAACUUAACGGCGUUAUUGAUGCAUCUUGAUAAACAAAUACUUCUUUUUAAGGUCCGUUGAGGGAUAGUAACAUGUAUGGAUUAAUUACUUUCGCGAUAAGAUUAUUGUUAAUUUAAUAUACCUCCAUGUCAUUGAUGUCAAGUGUUUCAUGUUCGACUUCCGUUCGAGCCUAUGGUUUGUAGAUGUUAGUUGCUUUGAACGGAAAGACAAUGGAAUGUAAUAUUCAGUAAUUAAACCUAAGCUCGAACAAUGGACAAGGGUUUGAGAACCCCAAUUUGAACAUUGGUUAUAUUUUAUAGCGAGAGUAAAUAAACGAAUGAUAAUAAACAUAAUAAAAUAAAAAUUAAUACAAUAACUUAACAAAAUAAACAAUUUUUAUUACAACUGUAGAGAUAUUCACCAUUAGCCAAGCUGAAAGUUUCAAACAAUAAUAACUUGCCUCAGUUCUUGGUGCUUUACGCUCCAUUCUUUGUGAUCCUUUGUGACGAAUCGGAAAUCGGAAUCUAUGGCAACGUAGUCCGCGUUGAAGCCUGUGUAGAUAUAUGAUGCGUGAGGAUCAGCAAACCCAAAUUGAUAACUAUCGACAGAACAGAAGCUAGGAUUAGAACUUUUAUAGUCCUAGUACUCAAAUACACCUAAAUUUACUCUGCCUGAAAUUAAAGAAAACAUCUUAUAGGAAAAUGCCCAAACCGAUUUCCACUCCCAUUUGUCUGAAACGAUAAUGAUGACGACACUCGACAGUAAGCAAGACUAACGCCGCAUUUGUAAUUGCAACUGCUGAUAAUUGAUUAUUUGUUGAUAAUUAAAUUUAUUUGUGAUAUUCAUUAGAUUUGUUUUACAAAAUAACUACUCUAAGUUAGAGUCAAGUAAUGUUAUUUUUACUCUAUUUAUUUCAAACGAUGUUUUCUAUGAACAUUGUCUAGGUGUUGGAUUUGGCCUAGGUUUCCAAAUCAAUUGAAAAAAGAUUCAAAUACAGCCACAGUAUCUAAGCUAUCAACACCACCUCUACGACACAAAGUGUUUUUCAUUUAUGUUUUGUCAUUCCUCUCUCAUAAAGCGCCAUUCUGUAGUUCUUAAGCCUAGUGGAAAAGUCGCACCCUUAGGAAGGAAGAAAAACAAACAAAAGAAUGGUAAAUAAAACUCGUGAGUGAGAAAUAA